CCAUCCAUCCGUUUUGUUUGUACUUUCGUUUGUGCUACCUCAGCUCACACAGGCAAUGUGUGGUGUUCCUCUCUUCGACCUCGCUCCCAAUCUCACCGUUUCACGGCUCUGCUUAGGAACCAUGACUUUUGGGGAGCAGAACACGCUGACCGAAUCAUUUCGGCUUCUCGACCAAGCCUUCCAUGCCGGCAUCAAUUUCUUCGACUCCGCCGAAAUGUAUCCCGUGCCUCAGCGUCGUCGUACGUGCGGCAGGAGCGAGGAGUAUCUCGGCCGUUGGAUUGCUCACCGGAAUAUCCCCAGGGAUAGUGUCGUUGUUGCCACUAAGGUUGCUGGACCAUCGGGGCAGAUGACUUGGAUUAGAGGUGGUCCUAAAUGUUUGGACGCCGCUAAUAUUAUGGAAGCUAUUGAUAGUAGUUUGUUGCGGAUGCAGAUGGAUUAUAUCGACCUUUAUCAAAUUCAUUGGCCUGAUCGCUAUGUUCCAAUGUUUGGAGAAACCGAGUAUGACCCAGUCCGACAAUAUGCUUCAGUUGGUAUAGAUGAACAACUUGAAGCUCUCAGCACAGCUGUGAAAGCAGGGAAGAUCAGAUACAUUGGUCUCAGUAAUGAAACACCUUAUGGCUUGAUGAAGUUUAUUCAGGUUGCUGAAAAAUAUGCUUCACACCUGAAGAUAGUAUCUCUGCAGAAUUCAUAUAGCCUUCUUUGUAGAACUUUUGAUUCUGCAAUGGCUGAAUGCUGCCAUCAGGAGAGUAUUAGCUUGUUGGCCUACAGUCCCCUGGCAAUGGGUAUACUUUCAGGGAAAUAUUUCUCCCUGGGCGGUGGUCCAACAGAUGCUCGUUUAAAUCUUUUUAAAGGGAAGUAUUCAGAAGGUGAAUCUAGAUACAAUUUGUCCAAUAAAAUUAUAGAGGCAGCUACCAUGGAAUACCUUAAUACUGCAAAAACAUAUGGUCUUCAUCCUGUAUCUUUGGCUAUAGCCUUUGUUUUGCGACACCCACUUGUUGCUAGUGUUGUUUUUGGGGCUACCAAAUCGUGGCAACUCCAGGAGGUUCUAGAUGCAUGCAAAAUCGAGCUCACAUCUGAAGUAAUUGAUGAAAUUAACAAGAUACAUUCGAGGUUUCCAAAUCCAUGCCCAUAAUGAAUGCAAUUGAUCAAUUCCCCAUUAUUCAGAAUUGGUUUUUUCUUGGUGGAUCAAUACUCCAUGGUCUUUCUCCUGUACCCAAAACAAAAUUCUCUUCUGGGUCCCACUUUUACUCUGUACCUAAUAUUUCGAUGUUAAAGCUCACUUUCCAUUAUUAUUAUUAUUAUUAUUUCAUUGAACAGGUUGCCAUACCUAUCUUCAUGUGGUUUAUCAACCAUGUUUCCUACAUUGUUUAAAUAUUUUUAAUAUUCCAGAAUAUAGAUUACGCUACAUGCAUUUGAACGCUACUAUGUCUCCAUGCAUUUAAGCUUUAACAUAAGAGAAAAAUAAAAGUGUUUCCAAGGUACCAUGCAUUUAU